AUGACUGGCCCAACUUUCCACAAUUACGAAGGCACCGAGUCCAAAUCAGAAGCCUUCCACUACUCGCAAGUCGUCAAGGUCGGAAACGUAGUCAAGACAUCCGGACAAGGUGGCUGGGACACCGAAGGCAACAUCCCCAAGGACCGGUCGCGCCAGGUAGAGCUGGCCUUCGAAAAUGUCGUCAAGGCCCUGCAGUCUGCCCACCCGGGUCUUUCGUGGGAGAAUGUCUACGCCGUCAGGUCCUACCACAUCAACAUCGACGAGUCGGCGGAUAUGGUCAUCGCGAAUUUCCGGCGCGUCAUGCCCAACCACCGCCCUGUGUUCACCUGCGUGGAGAUUUCGAAGCUGGGAGUCGAGGGAAUGAUCGUCGAGAUCGAGGUCGAGGCAUUGGUGCAAUGA